GUUAUAAUUAGUGCAGAGAAUUCGUUUGUAUGCAUAAUUUAGAGUUUGGCGCGAGGCUGGUGAGGGAAUGGUUAAUUUAAGUAAUCUACGUCAUUUUAAUGCCGACAUAUACUGAUUGUAAAUGCAUACUUUUAAUGGAAACAUCGGUGUUAUUUGUAAAAUAGUGAUGCAUGUGUCUCUUUAACAAAAGCAGAGCAUUUGUCGAAACAGAAAUUGCUCCUGUUAAAACUUUUUGAAUCGUGUUUUAUUCUUAACUGACAAAAGUCAGAAUGACGAAAAUUAACGUCGAAGAUAUAAAUGUUGACCAUAUAUGGAGGACCUUAGACCCGUGGGGAAAAUAUCAGUGGAAGCAGUUGUCUUCUUAUCUAUUUAUAUGCGUUUCCUGGGUAAUACAUCAACUUAGCAUUGUUUUCAUAGGGUACCGACCAGGAUUUAAAUGCAAACCAUCGCCAAAUGCUUCACUGAUUGCAAAUAAAACUGAAGUGCGUAUGGAAUAUGAACAAUGCUCAAUUGUGACAGUGGACAACACAUCAGACAAAGUGAAAAUAUCAUCUACACCGUGUAUGCACGGAUGGGAUUAUGACAUACCAAAGGAGCAAUCUUUCGUUACGGAGUGGGAUUUUGUAUGCGAGAAUGCGGAGUUAGCGGAACUAACACAGACUCUUCUAAUCCUUGGCAUGAUGUUAGGAACCUUCGUUUGUCCUACUAUGUCAGACAGAUUUGGCCGGAAGCCGGUGAUGGUGUUUAGUCACAUCAUUCUAUUCGGGAUCGUCCUCGGCACAGCUUUUAGUGAGAACUACACUGUGUUUGUCAUUUUAAGAAUUUUGACAGGGGCUGUUUGCCAGGGCGCGUUAUCAGGAACUACGUUGGCAUUGGAGACAUUCCCGACAGAGGUUCGGCACUACACAGAGGUACUGGCCCUGGCAAUGUGGACCACCGCUAUCUGCGUAAUGUCGCCUAUAGCUUACGCACUCAGGAAUGUCUCCUGGCGAUAUCUACAGAUAACUUACGCUUUAAUGAGUGCAUGGUCUAUAUUUCAAUGGUGGAUGUUAGAUGAAUCUUUACGCUGGGUUAUCGCAAAUGGGCAAAUUGACCGAGCAAAGAGCAUAAUCAAAAAUGCUUGUAAAUGGAAUAAAAAGAAUUAUAAGGAAGUACUUGAUAAAAUAGGACUCGGCGAAUCAACGAGCGAUUAUGAACUGAAGUCGAAAUUUCGCGAAAACCCUGAACAGAUCACAGAGAAUGGCGAAACCACAGUUGCGGAGCUAAAAGGCCUAGUUGAAGACCCAGCAAAAGAUCUUGAAGUGCAUGUGAAAGAAUACAAUGUUCUAGACAUUGUUCGACAUAAAAAUAUUCUAAAAGUUUCUCUGAUUAUGUGGUACACCUGGAUAGUUGACAGCCUUGUAUAUUAUGGACUGUACAUGAUAUCGUCUGACCUAUAUGGUGAUAGAUACAUCAACUUUUUUCUCAGCGCACUUAUAGAGUACCCAGCAUCAGUUUUCGAGUAUUUUGCCCUGGCUAAAAUUGGACGUAAGUGGACCUGUGUGAUUUGUCAUUCUAUUGCCGCGAUUGCACUGGUAGUGGCCACUGCUUUGACAUACACUGCCGGAAACAACUCCAGUAUGCUAGCGGCCGGGACGGCUUUUAUUCUGAUUGGUAAAAUGGGUAUUACCGGAGCAUUUAGUUCGGCAUAUGUUGUUACCCCAGAGCUGUAUCCUACAAACAUGAGGAACUCUGGUCUUGGCGUCGCCUCGUUCAUGGGUAAAGUCGGUGCCAUGAUUGCUCCCUUCUCACGAAAUGUAUCUGAACAAGUGAAAUGGUUACCGGCUUGUAUCUACGCCGUACUGUGCUUGGUCACGGUAUUUCUUUUCGCAUUUGUACCGGAAACCAAUGGGGUAGAAUUACCGCAGACGAUAGAAGAAUUAACGGAAUGGUACCGCGUGAACAAAUUUGAACUUAAAUUUGGAAAGAACAGACACGCAGGAGUAAAAAGACACAGUCUAAAAAUAGAGAAGGAAACAGAUGAAAAACAGUGAAUAUAUAUCGAGGGCUUGGUGCAAAACUAUUGUAAGUGCAUAUAAAUAAAGAACAAGAUACAAUAGUCUUGCGCCAAGCCCUCGAUAUAGAAACAUACCGCACAACAGUAUUCAUGCAGCCAAUAGGUCGAAACUGAAUUCUUAU